AUGACGAUGAAUAAAUGGUUUGAGGAACAAUUUGUAGAGACUUCUACAAAUAUGAGCCGUCAUGCUGAAGUGCUGAAAUGUAACAUUGAUACAUUCGAGAAGACAAGUAAUGAAAAAAAUACCGUGCAGCAAACCCAAUGGGCAGUGAAAUGCUUCGGUGACUGGUGUAGUGAAAAGGGUUGCAGCAUUGAUUUUAAAGAAAUCACCAAGACGGAACUCAACGAACUUCUCCGUGACUUCUACGGAACUGUCAGAAGCUCCAAAGGCGAAAAAUGUUGGAUCAGUAGCCAUAGUGCUGGUCUGAACAGAUUCCUGUAUGAUCCACCUUUGAGUUUGUCCUGGUGUCUGAUGAGAGACCGCAAAUUCACCUCAUCCAAUAAUGUUUUCAUUGGAGUCGUAAAGACAAUGAGAAGAGAGGGUCGUGAUAAAACGGAGCAUCACACACCGAUUUCUACUAAAGAUUUCAGCACCAUAAAACUGUCCAAUGCGCUUAAUCCUAACACACCGGAAGGACUAGUAAACAAAGUCUGGUUUGACGUGCAGUUACACUUCGGACGUAGAGGAAAAGAGGGGAACCGAGAACUCAUUCCAGACUCAUUCCGCAACGAAUGUGGAAAUUUUGAGGAGGCUGUGGAUUUGGGAGGCCCUAGGAGAGAGUUCCUCACCUUGCUCAUGGAAGCAAUUGAAAACUCUGCACUGCUUGCAGGCCCAGAUGGAAGAAAAAACCUUGCUCUUGACUCAGUUGCUUUCAGAGAAGACAGAUACUACCUUGCUGGUAAAGCAAUUGCUGUCAGCAUGGUUCACGGGGGACCUUCUCCUGGAUUCUUUUCAUCAACUUUGUUUGAAUGCAUCUGUAACGGGAACGUGUCACCAACCAUAGAUGAUGUUAAUGACUUGGAUUUGCAAGCAAAAAUCCAAAAGAUUGCCAAUGCUGCAACCAUGGAAGAGUUAUGUCAGGCAACUGAGUGUAUAACAGAAUACCUGGCAAAUGCAGGCUGUCUUCGAGCUAUAAAACGCCUCGGAGACAAGGAUCAGCUUGUAGACGAUAUUUUAAUGUUCCAGGUUGUGAACAGAGUCCAUGGCCCACUUGAACGACUCCGGGAGGGCCUGAUGACUCUUGGCCUGUUGGAUGCUGUUGUUAAACACAAAGAAGCCUUCAGACCCCUUUUCUGCAGCCCACAACAGCCACUUACUGCAGACACCCUUGAAGACUUGUUUAAUAUUCGCUACUCAGUUGCUGGAAGUAACAGGCGGGCAGAAGAAAACACUGCAGUAGCCUUCUGGAGGGACUACCUUCUAGAUGCAGAAGGCAAGUAA